UUUUUUUAUAAAGGCUUUAUUAUUAUUAAUUCAAGAUUUUUAUUGGUUUGUGUGGGUACUUACUAUGAGUCCUUUUGGCAAUAUAUUACCUUUGUUUAAAUAUUCUUUUGAGUAUAUAAUUUUAUAUAAUAUUAUAAAAAUAGCAACCCAUAUUCAUAAAUUUUAAAGAUCCAAUCCAAUGAGAAAAUGAUAUGCAUAAGAGAAGAUAUACAUAUAUUAAUAAGCAAAGAGACGAUGAUAGAAGCACUCAAGAAGCUUGUCAUUGGAGAUGAGAAUGAUAAUGAGCCGGAUGCUGAUUUAGAAGGGACACCAGAGGACCAUCCUUGUGAUCCAGUAAAAAUGAUCACAGAUGGGUUUCACUACUUCAUGAAGCACAACUAUGAGUAUAAGUUUGUCCCUAGCGUUGCAAGAGGACAACAUCCUACGUUUCUGGUAUUUGCAUGCUCGGACUCUCGAGUUAGCCCCUCAAAUGUGCUCAACUUCCAACCUGGUGAAGCUUUCAUGGUCUGCAACGUUGCUAACCUAGUUCCGGUUUUUAACCAGUUGAGCUACUGUGGAGUUGGAGCAGUCAUUGAAUAUGCUGUUAAAAUAUUAGAGGUAAAAAACAUCCUCAUUAUAGGACAUAGUGAUUGUGGAGGGAUCAAGGCAUUGAUGAAUCUUCCAGCUGAUGCUUCUACUUCUAAUACUGAUUUCAUAGAUAAUUGGGUCAAAAUUGGGUUACCUGCAAAAGUCAAAGUACUGGCUGAGCAUCCAAACCUAUGUCCUGAAGAGCAAUGCAAAAUUUGCGAAAAGGAGGCAGUGAAUUUAUCACUUGUGAACAUUCAAAGUUAUCCAUAUGUUAGGGCAGCAAUGGCAAACAACAGUUUAACUUUAAGAGGUGGCUAUUACGACUUUGUCAAUGGUUCUUUUCAACUAUGGGAAGUCCAAUACCAUAUUACAGAUCCGAUAUAUAUUUAAGGUUUAAUCAUAAAAAAAACUCCGAAUUUUUAACCUCUUUUCACUUACACUCUGACGUUGCAAUUUUAUCUAUAUCACCGUAAUUCACACUCUUCGUUUCCAAUUACAUCCUAAAAAUUGAAUUGACCCUUUUCUAUUAGAAAAAAAAAACAAUUUGAUCCUUCACUUUUUGUAUAAAAUGUUAAUUUGAUCCUUCACUUUUAGUAUAUUAAAUACUUUUCAGAAAAUAAAUUAAAAAUGAAGGAUCAAAUUGAUAUUUUUUAGUGAAAAAGGUUAAUUUAGUUUUUUAGCGUGUAAUUGGAAACAAAAGGUGUGAAUUAGGGUGAUAUAAAUAAAAUUACAACGUCAGGGUGCAAGUGAAAAUGGGCUAAAAGGUCGGAGUUUUUUUGGUGAUUCAGCCUAUAUUUAAUUUUGUAAGAAGACUUGUCGCACACGAAAACUAUUAAUAUAUCACAAAUUUAUUUUAUAUAUGCAACAUAAUUUAUAGUCA